CCGCGGCCCGGGGUGGGUGAAGGUAGUGGCGCGGGGCGCGGUUGCACCCGCUCUGCUCCUCUCCUCCCCUCGGGCGGCGGCGCGGGGCCUGAAAGGCCGCCCCGCUGGCGUAGGAGGCGGUGGUGGGGCAGCGGCCAUCGGCCAGAGCGUUGUGCGGAGGUGGGCGCCUCCCUCGGCCUGGCCCCCGGCGAGCCCGAGGGGGUCCCCUCCGAGGCCUGGCGCAGCUGAGGCUCCGAGGCCGUAGACUCGCCCGGUCACGGGAUAAGCGGGUCCGAGCCCGCAGGUCAGUCGCGUCCCCGGCCUGUGGAGCGUGGGUAGUCCCCUGCAACGGUGCGGGACGAGGUGCGUGCGGGGCCCGCUCAUCCCGAUCGCCACAGCCGGAGUCCGAGAGCGGCGGUGCGCGGCCUGCCGGGCGGCCGCAGCGCUCGGUGGAGGUGGCUGCCGACGCUGUAGGUUACGGUGCUAAUGCAGACAUCCGGCGCUCCUCCUGUUCAGGUUCAGUGGUGCUGCAUGAGACGAAAGCAGUGUUCUUCAACACUUCAGCAAUUUUGGUGUUUCAGGGAUUUUUAUGUGCAGAGGAAUUAAAAUGGAUGCAAUACUUUCUUUGCCAUAGCAGCGGCAGGAUGCAUAAGAAAGUCUAAGGCCGGGAUUGCUGAUUUAGAGAAAGUAUCAUGGUUAAUGCCAAGAAGAGGUCAUGUGCUGAGAUGAGCUUUGAAGCUGGAUUUAUCCCAGCCCUGCUGAAAUAUCUCCAUCACAGCAAGUCACUGAAGAAGCAGGAAGGAACCUUGUUGUAACUUUUAAAGGGCAUAAUGCAGAAUCCUUUAACUUUUUCUGCAGAUAAACACAAAUCCUCUUCAGAUAUAAUACGAAGUUUUCAGAAGACAAAUCAGUUUAGGACCAUAGCUCCAAAAAUGGUACCAAAAAUUUUAACAUCUUCGGUGGUUUCUUGUCUUCAGUCGUCUUCGUCUGAUCAAAAAACACCAAUUUCAGUUGCAGGUUCUAAAUCACUGGUGGUACCCACUCAAAACUAUGCUCUUAUGCAGGUGGCUGGUCAUGAGGGAACUUUCUCCCUGUUAGCCUUGCCAUAUGUUGCCCCUGGCCUAACACAGCAAGUCCAGCAGUCAAAUGUGGGCCCUUCUAAAAACCUAAAGCUGCCUAUCCCUAGGUACCAAUCUGUAAGAAAUAAAAUGCUGAGUGACAAAAGAAUGGCACAGGUCUCUGGUUUGGGUGCACAUGACAAGGUUCCUACCAAAGCAUCGAUCUCAUCACAGGCUUCCCUCAUGACUACUUUAAGUGAAGACUGUCCUGAAACUCGUUCUAGUUCAGAUUCAACUGAGCAAGCAGUGCUAACAGACCAUGACUCAGCUGAAAUUACCGUUGCCACAUUCGUGAAUAAAAGCAAUUGUGUGGAAUCUGGAUCUCUUUUAGAGAACAAACCUGAAACUGCUAAUAGUAAUGUUUCUGGACCAUCUGUAGUUAAAGACUCUUUAUCCAAGCUGGCAAGUACAAUCAAUCCCAAGAAAACAAGUCUACGCUCUGUGAAGACAGCAUCUGCAACCAGAAGAGAGUCAUUCAUAACAUCUGAGAAACUAAAGGAAAAACCCACAAAUUCUGCAAAUUCUGUUGCUGUCCUGUCACCAGCAUUUUUUAGCAGUACAAUACAGAUGACUCCAUCAGCACCAAAAGGAAAACUUCCUAUUUUGCCUUACUCAAGGGUAAAAAAUUCAGUGUUCUGUAAAUCUAAGGAGAAUACUAAUGUUACAGAUGCAUCUGGUCCUUCACCAAGAUCUGAAUGUGAAAAGACACCAGCUUCGGCAAAAACCUUUUGUGCUCCUACUAAAGCACCUGAUAAGCAGUUAGCUGUGUCAUUUACACAAGUCCCCAAACAAACCAUUCGAGAAAAUACCUUCUCUCCAUCCAAUAAAGUGGAUGUUGACAGUCUUAAAAAAAAGAACAGUGCAGCCUCUAAAAGAAGAGGCAGGAAAAGAAGAGCCCCAGAUGAUUUGUUGGCUUUUCAGACCAAGCGAAGGAAAUGCAUCAUUAAUAAGUUUAAAGAAGGAAGAGAGAGGGUGAAAGUUGAUCUUCAGCCACCCGAUGGCAAAAAAGCAGAGGCAGUGAAGAAAUACCGUAGUAUUAGACCAAAACCAGUGUUAGUUGUGCAGACUUUUGCACCUCUGACUUCUGCAGCAACAGUAGAGACACCAUCUCCUGACCGCAUAGACCAAGCUACUUUUUUAAAUAGAGCACUUCCCAAAAAACAUGUAAGUUACAAACCUAGUGAUGCUACAUCCGCGAAAUCAAGUGAUUUAAGUAGAAAUGCAUGUUCAGACGUACCUAAGCAGUUGCAUAAAUGUCAUGUUUGUAACCACAUCUUCCAGUUUAAACACCAUCUUCAGGACCAUAUGAACACCCACACAAACAAACGGCCCUACAGCUGUCGAAUUUGCCGCAAAGCGUAUAUUCAUUCUGGAAGCCUGAGCACGCAUAUGAAACUUCAUCACAAUGAAGGCAAACCCCAAAAGCUUGUGUGCUGUGAAUUCUGUGCUAAAGUUUUUGGCCACGCAAAAGUGUAUUUUGGACACCUCAGAGAAGUCCACAGGGUUGUUAUCAGCACAGAGCCCUCUACUAGCGAGCAACAGCUGCAAGAUGCUUUGAAGAAAAGGGAUACAAAUAUAAAAGACGCAGAAGAAGCAACAGAGAGGGGAAAUAAAUGCAAUUUUGAGGACCUAUUCCAUAAUCCAGGAGAAGUGAAAUUACAGGUCAGAUGUGGUCGAUGCCAGUUUAUUGCGCAGUCUUUUGGUGAAAUGAAGUUUCACUUAUUGUGCUCUCAUGGACAAGAGAUCCAGGGAAGAGUAAAGGAAGGGGGUUUGCAAGGAAGUAGAGGAGUGAAGGGGGAACUGAUUAAGCAUGCAACCCACUUCUGGAAACAGCACAAUGAGAGAAGACAUUUAGCAAAAUGCAGUGCCCAUGAGGAGGAUGUUUAUACUUUUCCAAAACUGAAAAGACAGAUCUACUUGCACCAUCAAAAUAAUGUUGAUGUAUCAUCUAAAAGUGAACUGACUCAGUCAGGAAGUGGUGAAGCAGCCAAAGAGAUGCAAAAUACAGGGUUUGGUACACCUAGUAGAAGAACAGAAAUUUGCUCUAAAGUGAGCUAUAACUGCAUUUUAUGCAAACAGUUAUUUGGAAGAAAAGAGGAUCUUUGUAAUCAUUGGCAGAGUCAUCAUAACUGUGAAGACCCUUCCACUUUAUGGGCAAUUUUUAGUUUGUUAUCAAAACAAGGAAUUAUUGAACUUUCUAACAGUGGCGGAUACUGAAGCUCAAUUCUACAAUGCUAUGAAAAACAUCAACUGCCUUACCGAACUGUUGACUGUUUCUUGUUGUGUUGCUAAACUAAUUCAAGAGAUGUAUCAAUUCAGAGGUUUGUUUAGUGGGUUUGUUGGGAUUUUUUAAGUUACACUAAUCUUUAUUUUGUUAAAUCAAAAAUGUAUUUAUCCAGGAUCAUUCCCGAUGAGUACCUGCAAGCCUUUUAUGAAGCACUGUACUUAAAAUUCAUGGUUAAGGAACUUAGCAGCAGCACAUACUCAGUACUAAUGGUUAACACCAAGGAAAAAUAUUUUCCAGUUAAAUUAUACUGUACACACAGAAAUAAAUAAUUCUAUAUAAAGUAAUCUCAGUCUUGAAUGAAAUGACAAAUCAGAUUGGAAGUGCAGUUUCUGUGCUUCCAGAUUUUAUAUAUGUGAAUAUUUCCAUGCAGUUCUCUGGAUCAUUUGAAUGUGCCUACAUGCAGCCAGCAUUCAAGAGCUUUAUAAUCUAUAAUUUAAAAGUUUCUAUUCAUGUUUUUUGAUUUUAUUAUCGUCAUCCGCGUUCAUUGCUUUCAGAUUUGUUAUUGACAGGUCUUUUAGGUGUUGUAUUCUGUCCUGGUAAUAGCAAAGAUCUCUUGGAUUUCACUUUAAAGUGAAAAAUCUACAUGUAUUUCUUUGCCUGUAGCUGUUUGGGUUGAAGAUAAGUUAGUUGCCACCUCUGAAGAGGAAACCCUCAAAGCUUGACUGCUUUAUGAAAAAAAAUAAAAGUUUGUUUUAAAAAUAA